AUGACCGAAUUUACUGAGGCCAAUCGAGCAUACUUCGAUCAAAUGGCGACGACCUAUCAGAGCAAAUUUGCCGACUCUAUGAAAAUCAUUGCUGCACAGACGCUUAAGCACCGACUUUGGCUCAGUGAUCGAUGGACCGACACCGAAGCGGGCAACGGCCAAGAAGUUAAGCUACUUGAAUAUGCCUGCGGGCCCGGUAUCGUCUCGAUGACACUGGCCCCCUUCUUGACCAAAGUGAUCGGCAUUGAUGUCUCUGAGAAAAUGGUGGCCGAGUUCAACCGCAAUGCUAGUACCAUUGGGCUCAGUGACAAAAUGAUCGGUUACAAGGCCGACCUGCUAGCGGAGCCUGCCCCGGAAGAGUUCUCUGGUCCUGAUUACAAUGAAUUUGAUGUCGUGGCCGUUAGCAUGGCCCUGCACCACUUUCAAUAUCCGGGUGUUGCACUGCAACGGCUAGCAUCACGACUGAAGAAAGGUGGUUCGUUCUUGAUCAUCGAUUUGAUCCCUGCAUCUGGCCACGAUAAUGGACACGGCCAUAAUCACGGACAUCAUGGCCAUGGCCACAGCCAUGCGAAGGAAGGACACGACUUCGGCGAUGCAGCCCACACAGUACAGACGCAUGGAUUUUCGCGGGAGGACAUGGAGAAGUUGUUCAAGGAUGCUGGAUUGGGGGCCGGAUUUGAUUAUGAGCUGAUUCCAGAGCAGUUUGUGUUCGAGAAAGGAGGCAAGACUCACCACAAGACGGUCUUUAUUGCGCGUGCUCAGCGCAUUUGA